AUGACAAACUCAAAUUCGCAAGGAGGCUUUUCGGGGCAUAUCAACCAUGCGAACUAUCUGAUUGCAAAGGAAGAAAAACGUACGGUUAGAUUAAAUAAAAUUCGAUUAUGAUUUAUUUGAAAAAAAUUUAAAUUGCUGAAAAUAAAAUUGUAGGAAUGUGAUGGCAGAGAUUGUACUUAUCCAGAAUUUGAUGGUUUGGUAAGUUUUGAAUUAUUAUUAAUUUACUUAGUUGGAGAAUGCUAUUGCUAGAUACUACUGGGGUAGUAAGAUUUUUUAAACAAAAAUUUAAUACGAGAAAAUUAUAUAGCUGGAACAUUCUGCCAAUAGUCUAGUGAAGUAGAGGAAAAUGACCAACCGUACGGAAAUAUGGUAUGUAUACAUUUGAACAACUAUAUAAGUGUAUGCAAUUAAUAUCAAUUUUUAUUCAGACGCAACAGAGUGAAGAAUCUAAUGCUGUUAGCGAAAGUGGGCGACCAGCUGAUUCUUUCAACCCAUUCAUAGAGUGGGAGGAAGACACUUCCUUUGAAAUUAUCAUACAUUGCGGUGGGAUAGAAGAUUUGGAUAAGAAUAUCUUUGUGGAGUUAUUUUUCAAUAAAUGA